ACUUUAACUUCAAACUUAUAAAAACAAAACAAAUUAAAACUAGCGGGUUUGUAAACUUUUCAUACAAAUUCGAAUUUUUUUUAAUGUUAAUUAAUCAUAGGAAGUAAUUAGUCUUUUUAAUAUUUAAACAAAUUUGUUUUAAUUAAGUAUUCGAAAUAAUUUCUAGCCUUUCUGCAGCAACAAAACAAACUUUUAUAACAAACAAUUUUGCAUAUUAUUUAGAUAACUUUUUCCUAAUUUGUAUAAAGACAAUUAAUUUGUCUGUAUGUUAUUUAAAUGAAUUUUGACCAAUGGGAAAAAUGAAUUUUAUUAGAAAUCAAAACAAGAGAAUGCGACUAGAUUAUGAAAAUAACAUUGAAGGUAAUAUUGUCAACGAUGACCUAUGGGGUCAAGAAGAUAUUACAGCUGAUGAAUUUGAUAUGCUUGAAUUUCAAGCCACACAAUCAGUGCCGACUACAUCUGUGAAUAAUAAUGUACCGUUGGAGGUGGAUUCCUCAAAACAAAAACAGUAUGAAUUAGAAGGUAAAAUUAAAAUUUUAAGUGAUACUAUAGAAACAACAAAAAAAGAAUUGACUGAAGAAAAACUCAAAAGAGAUAAGAUAAUUACCGAGAAAAGUCAUGAAUUUAAGGAAAAGGAGAAAGUGUUGCAAAAAGAAAUCGAAAAAUUACACAGCUCCUUACAGUUUAAGGAUCAAGAAAUGAAAGCAAUUCAUGAUAAAGUAAAAACUCUUGAAAUUCAGCUGAAAGAAAAUAAAGUUAACUCAACAGCAUCUACAAGCAAAAGUCCAAAUAAAUAUUUGCAAAAAUUUGAUUUCAAAUCUGAUAUACCUGUCCGACCUUCAGAAAAAACACGUAAUCAUCAAAAAGGGCUUCAUCGUAAGUUUGCAGUGUCUGUUGAUAUGCCGAAAGGUCAAACUCAAGGCUGUGAUAUAGUUUCCUCAAUCUUAUGCAACAGACAGUUUCCUUUACAAAUUCCUAUUUGUGCAACUCUUCGGAAUCAUUUAGAUAGAGAGCAUCUUACUGACAAUGUUCUUCUUUCUCCUGUAUCAGUUACAAAACUUACCUUAGAACAAAAAUCUGAUGAAAUAUUAUAUUAUUAUUUUUCUGUUUUGGAAAAUUAUGUGUCUUACCUUCAGAACUUCCCUGAUCAAUCAAGUUCAGAUUCCUCUUUUUCUGUUAUAAAGAAAGGUUUUGUUUAUGAUAGAACUGUAGCCAUAUCUUGCCUGAAAGAUUUAAGUUACAUUAUUUCCUGUUAUCAAUUUUCUGAUUCUAUUAAUUCCUUACAUAUAGAAUCAUUAGUUCAGGAAGCAAAAAAGGCAUCUCAGAAAAAAGAUAGUAAUGACAGCUCUUCAGCAUCUUUGUCUUCUAACUGUGAUAAAAGAAAUGAAAGACAUGAAAAAAGGACUCACUCACUACUGACAUUGCUGUUUAUAUUAUCAAAGCCAGAUACUUAUCCUAAUGGAUUUGCGUGUAAGGACGAAGUUGAAUUAUCCUUGUCAGCUUUGGUUUCUUGGUCAGCUACUAAUCCUAAAAGCCUUGUAUGUUCUUUCGACAAUACAGUCAUCACCAGGCAUAUCAGUAAUUGUUUCAACAUUGCUGCUACAAAUAUUGUUCUAAGAAUGCUAAUCAAUAUCUGCACUCUGAAAGAAUAUUUAAAUACGUCUCUCCACAACACCGACUCUUGCCAUUUGUGUGCAGUAGCCACUUUAUUAAAUCGGACAAUAUCUAACACUCCUUUGGAAUGCGUUGAUUCAAUGAUAAUGGCUGAAGAUUAUUUAACUUCUGUAUUUUCUGUACAUAGUUUCUCAGAUAUGAAGCUAGAAAGUUCUGCAUGUUCUAUGAUGAUAUUUCCAUCUGUACUUGCAACAUUGUUAAAGUUUUACGCUGUUCGGAAGGAAAAUUGUCUCAUUACCAUUCUUCUAAAGAAAGGAUUCACCCUUCUUCAUUUCCUCUCCAAACACAUUCCUAAUUUUAAAUUAAGAAGAGACGAAUUUAAAGAUCUUUAUGUUUCCACUGUAUGUGUGAUGUUGAGUUUAAGUAAAGAAGAUCUUUUGUUCAGAGAUUUUCAAGAAAUAGCCCAAGAAUUGUGUGACUUCCAAGAAGACACAAGUGAUAUUGAUCUUGAAGAUCUGUCAGAUGACGCAACCCCAGUAGUCAAUUUAAGAAGCCAAAAUGACAGCUGAAACUAUUUUAUUUGUAUAUUUAAUUUUAUUAUUAUAAAUAAACCAGUGUAUGGUGAUCAGUCAAUUUUGUUAUGCAUUUCUUCCAUGUUAAUAAAUUUAUAUUUGAUUA